AUGGAGGUGGUGGGAUCUCCAGUGACUGAUAAGAGAGCCAUCAUCUUGGCUAUCGUUUUAUUAUUUUUGUGCCUGGUGGCAGCAGUGAGCAAUGGCUUCAUCACUGCAGCUCUGGACGUGGAGUGGUUGCUACAGAGAACACUGUUACCUUGUGAUAAAUUAUUAGUCAGCCUGGGGGCCUCUUGCCUCUGUCUGCUGGGUGUGAUGAGGAAGACCAUUUAUAUUUUCCUGUAUCCAGAGGCCUUCCCAUCCAACCUUGUACUGCAGUUCCUAGCCUUCUGGCGGGACUGGCCAUCUUAUGGUUCUCCACCUACCUAGCUCAGUGUCUUCCAUUGCAUGAAAAUUGCAACCUUCACCCUCCCCGUCUUCCUCUGGCUAAAAUAGAAAGUGUCUGGGUUGGUUGCAUGGACUGUAGGGCUCUCCAACUUGAGCACCAUCUUUUUCAUAGGCAACCAGAGCUUGUAACAGUACUUUGUAAGCAGAAGGUUGCAAUCUGGGAAUGCCAUUGAGAAUACCGUAAGACCAUAUGAGAAAUUCUGCUUCUUCUGUUUAAAACUUGUUAGCUGGACAGUCGUUACCGUCGUCUUCCUUUUUGGCAGUUUGGUCAUGUCUCUGGAAAGACACACUAAGAAGGUCUGCCUGUAUUGUGGCUUUUGUGAGCCCAUUGCCCAGGCGCACAACCAAGUUCUCCUGGCUCUCAUGUCCUUAUCCGUCCUCUCCACCUCCUGUUUUCUGUCACCGGUGCUCAAUGCUGCAGGUGUUUUUCCAUUUUGGGACCCUAGCUACUGGGUGUGGCAGGCAGUGAUUUAUCUGUGCUCAGCAGUCCCCAUCACUGCACUUGAGCAACCCCCGGCUGAGAGGUGUGGUGGAGAGGGGCUGCUGUGCAGGGUGCUGGACAUCGUCAGUUGCGAUUGAUGAAAAACCUCAGAGAC